AUGGCUGACGAAGACCCGAUGACGCAACAGGAAUAACUGAAAGACGAUGGGGCUGAACCAUAUGGAAAAUUUCGAAUAGCUAAGCAAACUUUGUGUUCGAUUGCAUAUAUGUGCUAAGAAAGAGUGUUUGCUGAGGAAGUAGACAAACUGGAAGAAUUAGGAGAGAAGUUGAUAGAGGUAUUAGAUGUUUUAAAUAUGAUAGGAAGGGCUUUGUACAGAUUUCAAGUAAGGUUUGACCAUGCAAGACCAAGUUGAGAGAGAGAGAGCAUUUGGACACAAUAGAAAACCAAAAAUUGAACCUAAAGGGUAUUGUGAAUUGUGGUUGGGUGCAUUGAAUGAUUUUACAAUGAAGGUUUUAUGUGUUGCAGCCAUUGUCAGUAUUAUAGUUGAUGUUUCAACUGCUAAUGAGAGUUACCGGAAAUUAGCAUGGAUUGAAGGUAUUUGAUAAAAUUAAAAGAAAAUAGGAUUUGCAAUAUUGGUGGCAGUGUUUAUAUCUACAAAUGCAAAUGCUGUGAAUGAUUAUCAAAAAGAACGACAAUUUUAAAAAUUGAAUGAAGUUGCUGAUGAGAGAAAGAGAGUGACAGUAGUUAGGAAUGGAAAGAAAUGUGAUAUUCAUAUGAGUGAAGUGUUGGUUGGAGAUGUUGUAUAAAUAUUUGAAGGAAUGGAAAUACCUGCAGAUGGUUUUGUAUUGGAGGCAUCAGAUUUGACAUCAGAUGAAAGUGCUAUGACAGGUGAAACAGAUCCAAUCAAGAAAAAUGUGUUAGGUGAAUGUAUUAAUAGGAGGAACUAAUUAAAAGAAGAAGGAGGAUAAGUAAAUAAUAAUAUUAAUAAAUUAUUAGAAUACAGCAGGUCAUCAUGAUGUUCCCUCUCCAAUAAUGAUGAGUGGAACAAGAGUUUUAAGUGGUGAAGGGAAAAUGCUCAUUCUCGUUGUAGGAGACUCAUCCUGUGCUGGUAAGAUUGCAGCCUUAUUAAGAUAAGAUGAACCAGAAGGUAAAUAUAAUCAUUAAUUUAAUAGCAACUCCUUUAUAAAUGAAAUUAACAGCAAUUGCUGAAGAUAUUGGUAAGUUUGGAUUGAUCUCAGCAAUAUUGAUUGUUUGUGUAAUGUGUUUAAGAUUUGGUAUUGAAAGAGGAUUAAAUGAUGAUUGGGAAAAUUAUAUGGUUGUUACUAUCAUUGGAUACUUUAUUAUUGGAAUCACAGUCGUAGUCGUUGCUAUACCAGAAGGAUUGCCAUUAGCAGUUACUCUAUCAUUAGCUUAUUCUACUAAAUAAAUGCUUUAAGAUUAGAAUCUGGUUAGAAAAAUGGCAGCAUGUGAAACUAUGGGAGGAGCCUCUAUGAUUUGUUCAGAUAAAACAGGAACAUUGACUCAAAAUAAAAUGUCACUUGUUAAUGUGUGGAAUGAUGAUAUCAUUGAAAUAGAUACCUAUUCUGAAAAAUAAUAAUUGACAUCAUAUUUCCCAUAAAACUUUUAAGAAUUCUUUAUUUAAUGUGCAGUUGUCAAUGGAUCAGCUAUGCUUAGACCUGAACCAAAAGGAUCUAAAACAGAAAUUGCAUUACUUGAAUUCAUUGAAAGAUGUUCUAUGAAUUAUGAAGAAUAAAGAGAGAAAUAUCCUGCUAGUACUAAAUUCCCAUUUAGCAGUUAAAGAAAAAGAAUGUCUAUGGUAUUAGAAUUAGAUGGAGGAAGACGUAGAUUAGUAUGUAAAGGAGCAUCUGAAAUGGUUUUAGCUGCAUGUUCAUAAUAUCAUUCUAAAGGAAAUGGAUCUAUUGUUCCUAUGAAUUAAGAAUUAAAAUAAAAGGUAGAAAAAUCAAUUGAAACUAUGGCUGGCAGAGCAUUAAGAACUAUUUGUUUAGCAUACAAAGAAAUCAGUGCAAGAGAAGAUUUGACAACAAAAGAUAACAAAGGAGUUUAUGCUGUUGAAUAAAGUGAUUUAACAUUAGUUGCAGUUUUGGGAAUCAAAGAUAUUCUAAGAUAAGAAGUUCCAAGAGCUAUUUAAUUAUGUAGAAGAGCAGGAAUUAAAGUUAGAAUGGUUACUGGAGAUAAUAAAUUGACUGCAAGAGCUAUUGCUAAGGAAUGUGGUAUCAUAACUCCAGGAGAUGAUUAAUCUAUUGUUAUGGAAGGACCUGAUUUCAUAGCAAAGAUUGGAGGAGUUGUAUGCACUAAAUGUAGAACAGCUAUUUGCCCUUGUGCAAGAGAUAGUACUACAGCUAAGAAGGAAAAUAAGGAUGUAAGAGUUGACACUAUUGCAAAUCCUCAAGAGUUUGAUAAAAUCUAUCCUCAUUUAGAUGUAUUGGCUCGUAGUAGACCUGAAGAUAAGUAUGCCUUAGUGACAGGUUUAAUUGAAAGAGGUCAUGUAGUUGCUGUCACAGGAGAUGGUACUAAUGAUGCUCCAGCUCUUAAAAAAGCUGAUGUUGGAUUUGCUAUGGGUAUAGCAGGAACUGAAGUUGCUAGAGAGGCUGCUGCUAUUAUUCUAUUGGAUGAUAACUUUAAUUCAAUUGUUAAAGCUGUGAUGUGGGGUAGAAAUGUCUAUGAUAACAUUAAAAAAUUUUUGAGAUUUUAAUUGACAGCUAAUUUGGUUAGUGUGGGAUUGACAUUAAUUGGUGCAGCUGUUUUGAGUCAAGAAAUAUUGAAACCAAUUUAAUUGUUGUGGGUCAACUUGAUUAUGGAUACUUUAGGUUCUCUUGCCUUAGCCACUGAACCACCUAGUGAGAAAUUACUUUAUCGUAAACCACAUGAUAGAAAUGAAUACAUUAUCUCUAAAAAGAUGUUUAAAUUCAUUGUUGGAACUGCAAUUAUAUAGAUAGCUGUUGUUCUAAUUGUAGUAUUUGCUGGAGACUCCUUUUUACCAGAAUAUCCAGAUGAAUAUGAUCUUACUGCUUUUAGAGGAAUUAAAAAACGAUAUAAAUAUAGUGAUCAUUUGUGUAAGACUACUUUUGAUGAUCUCAAGAAAUAUUCAGAAGAAAGUGGUAGACCAUUGACUUUGAUUCCUGAUGUAUCUAGGUCGAAAGAUGUUAAAACUAGUGGAGCUUGUUUAUCUUCAGAAUGUGUAUGCCAUGAUGGCAAAUGUUAUGAAAUCAUGUGUGAAGAAUGUGAUUUUGAAACUAGUUGUACUUUGAUAGCUAGUGGUAGAUUGAAUACUCCUGAAGGAGGUAGAGAUUAUGCUGUAUUCUUUGAAGAUACUCAUGAACCUUCUCGUCAUGUAUUUAUUAAUUCAUUACAUAUUAGUUUACUUAUGUCUUUAAUGUUUUCAUCAUGCUUCAAUUGUUCAAUUUUCUCAAUAGUAGAAGAUUCAAUGAUGAAAUCAACAUUUUUGAAGGAAUAACUAAACAUUCUGCAUUCAUGAUAAUUGUACCUAUAAUUUUCUGCAUACAAAUCCUCAUGGUUACAUUUGGUUCUAAAGCUAUUGGUCUUUAUGGUAAUUUUGGACUUAAAAUUCAAUAAUGGUAAAUUCUUAUAUUUUAAUAUAUUUCAGGUUGAUUGGUAUUGGAUUUGGAUGUAUCUCAAUAGUUGGAUGUUUUUUCCUUAAAUUUAUAAAAGAAGAUAUGUGUUGUGAGUGUGGAAGCAAAGAAAUCAACCCAAUGGAAACUGAACAUAAGAUUAUUGCAUUAAAGGGUGAUCAUUCCUCAGGUGGUUUAGCAAGACGUUAUUCAUCUCUUGUAAAUUUAUUCAUUUAUAUUUUAGAGACACGAUUAAAAUCCUUUUGGUUCUGCUGCUCAUCAAUAACAUUAGCAUUGA